CAAAAGUAUAUGUUUAUCUUUGUUUAUAUCCAUUGUCCAGAAGAAUUAAUGGUUAUGGUUUACCUGCAUGUAUCUAUUCGCAGGCAAGAGGUGCCAUUAAGUGUUGGAACACACCUAAUUCCACAUCCUAACAAGGUUGAGAAAGGUGGGGAAGAUGCAUUCUUUGUGAGCAGUAAUCAUGGGGAAGUGAUAGCUGUAGCUGAUGGAGUUUCCGGUUGGGCUGAAAAGAAUGUGGAUCCUGCAUUUUUCUCCAGGGAAUUGGUGUCUAAUGUUUCUUCUUUGCUAGGGAAUGAGGAGGUCAAUUGUGAUCCUCGAAUUCUCAUUAAGGGGGCCCAUGCUGCUACAUCAUCUAUCAGUUCAGCUACUAGAAUUGUUUCUAUAUUGGAGAAUGGGAUUUUGAGGAUAGCCAGUGUUGGGGAUUGUGGACUACGGAUCAUUCGUAAAGGUCAGAUGAUUUUCUCCACAUUUCCACUGGAACACUAUUUUGACUGCCCAUACCAGUUGACCUCAGAGGCUGUUACUCAAACGUACCUUGAUGCCAUAGUUUGGAAAGUUAUAUACGUAAGCACGCUCUUUGUCCCGUCUCUGUGUAUGUUCUUUUCACAGGUUAGCACUGUGGAUUUGCAAGUAGGAGAUACAAUCAUAACGGGCUCAGAUGGCCUCUUUGAUAAUGUUUUUGAUAAAGAGAUCGUUUCAGUUGUGACCACAAAUGAUGAUGUCUCUAAUGCUGCAAAGGCAUUAGCUGAUUUGGCGCGGAACCAUUCUGUGGAUACCAAAUUCGUCCCCUAUUCACAGUAGGCUAGAGCAAGGGAGUUUGAUGUUCCUUGGUGGAAGAAAGUUUUUGGAAUGAAAUUAACAGGCAUGACAAGCAGGAAUGUCUUUCCCUCCUUUCCGUUAUGUUCGUGAUGGCAUGCUUGACAAGGUUUCUUUUUUUGUAACAUUGAACAGGAGGAAAGCUCGAUGAUAUAAUAGUCAUUGUUGGAAAGGUGAAAAGCUCGUGAGCAAGCUGGCCUGAAAACCACCGAUAAAUAGUCUCGCGAACAAGUCAUAUAUCUUUGGUGCCAAGACUUUGGAGGGUCCCCUCUCCUGAAUCCUUGGGCAAUUGGAUGAUCUUUUUACUAUGAGUCGAAGGAUGAGUUGAUAACAUAACAUGCUAUUGCACAUGAUGCUUACUACCUCCACUUAACACAUGUACCAGGUAACUUUUUCCCAAAAAUGGGACAGAUGGGAAUAAAUCACAGCGUUUUCGCCUCCUAUUCGAAUUUAAAAAUGAACCAAAAGACUUCUAGGACAUGCCAAAUAUUUUUUGCAGUUGCUUCUACCAAAAGUGCAAAAAGGCUUAUCAGCCUCUAUAUUUUAUAGGUGUAGCAAUUUUGGCAAGGCAGUAAAAUCGAGUGGCUGCCAUUCAGUAGGGGUAUUAAAGAGAAAAUUGAAAAUAUUUGUUGUUCAAUAUAUCGGUCGUUCAAGAAGUUUGACUAGUUGCUCCUCCGACCCAAAGGUGAACAUAAAUGCAUCUGCAAUUACAUCCUGAGAAAUGGAAUUUAGAUUACUGUAGGAUAAGACAAGUUCAUACUACCCCUUAUUUCUCAACCUUUGGUCUUGCACUAUGAACCUAGCAAUAGAAUAUAUUUGUGAGAGAAUCUGUAAUUAAUUCUAAGCAAUAAAAGAAGAGUACAUUUGCAGCAACAAACUAGCUUCUGCUCCUGUCCAUGCAAUCACGUGACUAUGAGCCUCUUGCCAGUUUUCAUUAUUUAACAAAUAAUUUUGUUUCAGAUUUGAAUAUCAUUGUGUAUUCGAAAUUCAUUGACACGAUUAAUCCGAAUUCGUAUCGGAGAGAUUCAUUGAAAAUUUGAAAGACAUAAAAUU